CUCGUUCUCACCGCCGCCAACAGCGACAACGACAUCAGCGACGACUCCGACACGUCGAAACACCCAAGUACCGACCUGUAAGAGCGCAUAUCAACGGUCGAGUGACGCGGAGCACUCAUCACUCCUGGAGAUAGAGCACCACCUUGAGGGUAUUCGUACGCACGAAUAGCAUUCGCCAUGUCCGCCGCCAAUAGUGUUGAAGCUUCCCCGUUGCAAAGCCCAAUCUCCGGCAGUCCUACACUUUCCCGCAGACUCUCUGCGAGACGUGGCUCAGUCUCUGCAGCAGACCCCUGGGGGCAGCAUGCUGACGUCAACUUCAAACCAACGCGGUCGUCGUCUAGCAGGCUGACAAUCGUCCGAGUUCCCCAGCAAGACCAAGAAAGCGGCGGCCGCAGGCAUCGCCGCGAUGGAAGCAACACAUCGAUCAGCUCCACGUCUAGUGAGGGAAAGGCCGGGCGUCUGAGCUUUGCCUUCUCGUCGUUCACACCAAUCAAGGCAGGAGAAGGCGGAGGACGGUCUAGUCCGACUGGGUCUCCCAAGCUGCGCCCUUCGUCCCCCGGAGGUAUUGGGGGCCCCGGGCUCGUCAGGCGUCCCAGCGCAGGCAGUUCCGCAUUACCCCAAUAUACAAAACUCUCCCCCGAGCAGUUGGUUGAAUUGGCGCACAACUCCACACACCCAAAGCCUUCUGGACCUUUGGCCGGGUCAACCUCGGUCAACUUCACCCCACUUCCAGACGAUGUAUAUCUUCCUUUCAUUGACAGGCCAUCCGAGGUUACUUCUCUCAUCUCCACCUCUCCAACUGCAAAGCUCUUUGCCCUGCUGUCCCAGACGUUUCCUCCCGACGCACGUGCUCCAGCAAGUGCCGUACCCAACGCGAAAACCCCAAGCGUGGACAGUGACCCGAGACUAUGGAGCUACGCUGAAUUGGAGAACUGGCUCAAGAAGAUUCCGCGCGAAGAGAUUGACGAUGCAACAUGGGUCCACAGAGCAAGGCAAUGUAUCCGCCCCCGUAGUGAGCUUAUCUGGGAGCGUGCCAAGGGCGCUUUAGGCAUCCCACCAGAGCUCGACACCGAUGAGCUCUUGGAAGAGGAGAUCGAUCCGCUCGCAGCGUACAUUCCUUCAGCGCGUGCACCGAUCGCCAUUCCGCAAGGUAUUCCUCGCCUCGGUCUCAACUCCCAGAUGCUCGAUGCCGACGUCUUCGAGCCUGAUUCCCCGGUCGUCACGGGGUCCGUUUCCGGGUCUCAAACCUUCCCCCCGCCUUCACCCGUCGACUCUGAUACAGAGCUUUCCAUCGAGCCUGUGCUACCAGCUGCGCCCCCUCCGCCAAGCACCGUCGACCCCACCACUGGCGCGACCAUGACUUCGCUGCAUGAGUUGCGCGAGGAGGACGAGGAGGCUGCUGAGCAAGAAGGCGCGGGCGCCGGCGAUGCGGCGAAAUUCCCAGCGUCUCUUCCGUCCGACGUGCAGGGCUUGCGAAUCUCCUGUAGUGCUCAGCCGUCGGUGUCUCCCAUCCUCCUCCCUCAUGGCUUCAGCUCCUCGUCUGUCGGCUCGCUUGGACGCGGCGCGUCGAUCUCGCCCAGCCCGCGCCGACUGAGCGCUGCGUCCGACAAGGACAGCGUGUACGACGCACUCGCGGAACGUGGACCCGGGCAUCCGCUCUUCCCGAGCAGCUUCGCGCACCUGUCAAACGUGCCGACCCUGCGCUCGUCGCGCUCGUCCUCGCGGUCGAACAGCAUGUCUUUCGUACCCCCGCUCGUCGGCGGGCUGCGCCGCGAGAGCACCGGCGCCCAGAUGGCCGGUAGACGUCCCGACUGGGCCCGAGCGUACGACCCCAACAAGCACGACGAGGCCGUCACCGUGAGCAGCGUGAACCUGAACGAAUGAGGCGCUCGUGCGUCUUUCGACGGUUAAGGCUGGGUUAUUCGCAUGCUGCUACUUGGAGCACAAAGAGAAAAAGAGAACCUGGAUGGGAGACUGUCACCUCAUGAUGUUUCUUGAAUACACUUGUAUCAGAUCAACGAAACUUAAUGAACGCGUGCCUGCAUGUGGUUGCGACUCAUGCAGAAGCGGCUGUUUAGUGUCCACGAGGGAGGUUUACCGUGAGGAUACUCACGUGCCCAAUAGA